AUGAGAAAUAACUUUACGACUUAGUAACAGCGUCAAGUUCAAGAUAAAGAAUAAAACGGAAAUGUAAAAACAUAUAUAAGAUUCAGACCAAACAAUCAAGCAGAAUUAGAUCUAAAUAAAAACGGUUUAGGCCAAAAUAUAAUUGAAUUUAUUGGAGUUUAAACUGUUAAACUUAUAAAUGACACAAUUACAUAUACAGUAGACAAAGUGUUUUAAUAAGAUUGCACUUAAGAAUAAAUAUAUGAAGAAAUCGCUGUAGGAGUUGUAAAUGACGUUCUAAUAGGUUAUAAUGGUACCAUUUUUGCUUAUGGGGUUUCCGGAAGUGGAAAAUCACAUACAAUGUUUGGAAAUUUAGAUAAUUAAUAAUAAUAAGGAAUUAUUCCAAGAAUGUGCGAUUAACUUUUUGAUCAUGUAAAUAAUGAAGAGAACUCAGACAUAGAAUAUACUAUUAAGUGUUCUAUGUUAGAAAUUUACAAAGAAAAUCUACAUGAUAGUUUAAAUAUGUAAUAAGAUGAAAAAAUAGAGCUUAAAAUUAAAGAGCAUCCUUAAAAAGGAAUUAUUGUUUAAGGGCUUAUUUAAAGAUAAGUAGGAGAUGAAAAUGAACUUAUUGAUUUAAUUGAUUUCGGUUAUAGUAAUAGAUAAACCAGAGCUACUAAAUUAAAUGAAUAUAGUUCAAGAUCUCAUACUAUAUUUAUGGUUUAAAUCACUUAAAAAUUAGCAAGCGGAGCUGAAAAAAAUGGAAAACUAAAUUUAAUUGAUUUAGCUGGAUGUGAAAAGGUAUCCAAAAGUGGAGCUGUAGGAGAAGGUUUGGAAGAAGCAAUAAAAAUAAAUGUUUCAUUAACAUGUUUAGGAAAAGUCAUACAUGCUUUAACAACAGGACAAGAUCAUAUACCUUAUAGAGACUCUAAACUUACACGAAUUUUACAAGAAUCUCUAGGAGGAAAUUAUAAGACUUCAUUAAUAGUUACUUGCUCGUUAAAUUCAAAAUUUACUGAUGAUACUAUAUCUUCAUUGAAAUUUGCAACAAGGGCAAAAACAAUAAAAAAUAAUUUCAAAGUUAAUUUCUCACAUUCAGCAGAUUCAUUAAAAUAAACAAUUGAAUUAUUAAAAUAAGAAAUGCUCUAAUAUAAAAGCAUGUAUAAUAACUUUAGAUAAGCAAUUGUACAUGCAAGAGAAGAACUUGAUCAAGUUCCUCCUUAUGCUAAUUGUAAUUAGGUUAUUGAAAUGAAAAGAGAUUUUGAUACAUUACUUGAAUUAUAAGGAAAUUAAUAUGGAUUUUCAAAUAAUUUAACUUAAAAUCAAUUAAAUCCAGCAGGUAUAUAUAAUAAUAAUUAAAUAAAUACAUAUUAACUAGGUGAUUUUAAUAUGUAGGAAAUGUUUAAUUUUGGAUAUAGUAGUGAUUUAUAUUAAGCAAAGUUUAAAUCUAAAGAUGAAUAAAUUAAUAAUUAAAAAUAAAAUAUUUAGGAAUUAGAAGAUAAAAACAAAUAAUUAAAAAUAGAAAUUUUAUCAUUAAAAAAAAACAAUAUUAAUAUACAAAAUUAAUUGAAUGAAAUAAUGAGCGAAAAAAAUAUGAUUUAAGUUUAAUAUUCUAAAGAGAUUUCCAAAAAUAGUUUUAAUAAAUUUUAAUUGGAAAUUUUAUAAAAAUAAAUAUAAAAACUUAUCGAAUAGAUUUGCAAAUUAGAAAAAUAAAAUACCGAAUUUCUUAACGAAAAAAAAUAAAUUUAUGAAAAAAAAAUUGAUGACUUAUUGAAAAAUAAGCUUACUUUUGCUGAAAUUAAACUUGGAGAUUAUUUUAAAAAUAACUUUAAUUUUAAUUUUUAAAUAAAUGAGGACCCAAAUUUAAUAUAAAAAAUUAAAAAAAUGAGUUUAGAUGCAAUCGAUGAUAAUAUUUUAGCAGAAAUAUCUUAAACUUCAUCUUCAGAUUCAGACUCAUCUUCAGAUAGUUAGACAAAUCCAAAUGAUAUUUCAACCUCGCAUAUAAUGAACUAAAAUCUUUUAAGGACUAUAAGUGCAUUGGAAUGGAAAUAAAUAAUAGAUUAUGGAAAAACUUAAUUAAAAAAUAAUGUAAUUAGAAUUUAAACAAAACAUAUUAAAUGCCUUGAAAAAGUUAUUGAUGAAUGCACUCAAAACAGUAAAGAUUUAAGAAUUAAAAUAGAAGAUGUUGUAUUAGAUAUGGAUAUAUUAUAGAAUUAAUAAAAAAAUUAAUCAGCAUUAAGUAAAUCUAAAGUAAGAAUAAAUGUGCCUUUAAUCUCCUAGAGAAUAGUUGAGCAUACAGAAUAAGGUGGAUUAAGUAAAUUUGGAUAAAGAAAAAGUAUAAUGAUUAGUAAUAAAUUUAAGUAUGGAGCAAAAGAAGAUUGUUUAGAUGAAAAUUUAAUUGAAUAAUUUAAAUAAU